AAUAAAAAUCCACGGCCUGCCGGCCGAUCCCAAACAAAGCCGAAUCAUUCCCGAUCCAAAUGCUCCACCGACCCCUCUCUUCUCUGAGACCAUCCUGGUUCAAAACAAUCCUUUCUCUGCCCCUCCACCCUUUCUCUCUCAACUCUUCUCUCUCUUCCAUGGCAACUCCACGGUCCCAACCUCCCUCUACCGCAGCACCCCUCUCUCCCAUCGAACCCGGCCGCACCCGCAUCGGGUGGAUCGGAACGGGCAUCAUGGGUGCCUCCAUGUGCACCCGCAUCCUCGCGGCGGGCUUCUCUGUCACGGUCUUCAACCGCACAGCCGCAAAGGCCCAACCCCUCGUCGCCCUCGGUGCGAAUUACGGUCAGUCCCCUGCUGACGUUGCCGCCGCAUCCGAUGUCCUCUUCACCAUGCUCGCCCUCCCCUCUGACGUGCGCUCCGCACUCCUUGACACUGCCCUCCCGAACCUCCCUCAAAAUUCGGUCUCGGUAGACAUGACCACCAGCGAACCAGCCCUCGCCUUGGAAAUUGCCUCAUUCGCGGCCGCCCGUGGCUGCGUCGCCCUCGACUGCCCCGUGUCUGGCGGCGACACCGGCGCACGCAAUGGCACGCUUGCGAUCUUUGCUGGUGGAGAUGAGACCCAAAUCCACCGGCUCGGCCCUCUCUUCAAGUGUCUGGGGACCGUACACUACAUGGGUGGCCCGGGAUUAGGGCAGCAAGCAAAGCUAGGCAAUCAGGUCGCAAUUGCUUCAACGAUGGUUGGGAUGGUCGAGAGCUUGAUUUAUGCUCACAAAGCGGGGCUCCAUUUGGGCACAUUCGUGCGUGCAAUCGCCGGGGGAGCUGCUGGUUCUCGAUCACUCGAAUUGCAUGGUUCGAGGGUUUUGAGGAGAGAUAUGGAGCCGGGGUUUAUAGUCGAGCAUUUUGUCAAGGAUUUGGGGAUCGCUCUGCGGGAGUGCGAGAGGAUGGCGGUGUCGCUGCCGGGGCUAGCGUUGGCACAGCAGCUGUAUGUGUCGCUGAAGGCCAACGGCGAGGGAAGGUUGGGGACGCAGGCGCUCGUCCUCGCACUCGAGAGGGUCAACAACACGCGAUUGUCGGGGCCAUGACGGACUGUAACUCUCUCUCACAUGUCAUCAUUAAAGCUUACUGGUCUAUCUCUCUCAAGUAAUGACAUGGCACCUCUCUCUGGGAAUCAGAUGGGUAUGGGAAUUCUCUUUGUUUUCUUCUCACCAGAUAAUUAGGAUAUGGGAAAUUGUGGAAAAAUAAGAUGGUGGAGAUUGGAGAGAUGAUCCAUUUUCUGGAUUAAGUUUUUUGAACUUAUAAUUAGUAUACCAAGUGUUUGAAACUUUGUCAAUAAUGAUUUCUAUGCCUGUUAUAUCAA